AUGUCUGCUCUUCGUUUGGCCGCGCGCCGUGUGCCUCGCGCAACUCGACUGGUUCCUUCCUUUGAGUCGCCGAUCCAGCGACGCUUUGCGGCGACGUCCAAUGCUCCCCAGGAAGUGAAGCGCCAGGUGCAGAAGGAGUCUACCCUCCCUAACCCUGACCCUUCGCCGGACUCGCUCACCGUGUCGUUCAUUAACGAGCGCGCGCCCUUCAUGGUUCCCACCUACGUUCGCCCCGCUCCCAUGAUGAUGAAGGGCCAGGGCUGCUACCUGUGGGAUAUGGAGAACCGACGGUACCUGGAUUUCACUGCCGGUAUUGCAGUGAACUCUCUCGGUCAUUGUGAUCCUGAGAUUGCCCAGAUUAUUGCGGAGCAGGCCGAGACUCUCAUUCACGCCUCCAAUCUUUACCACAACCCUUGGACUGGUGCUCUGAGCCAGCUUCUCAUUAACCUGACCCGCGAGUCCGGUGCUAUGCGGGAUGCUUCCCAGGUCUUCAUCUCCAACUCCGGCACCGAAGCUAACGAGGCCGCGAUCAAGUUUGCCCGCAAGGUCGGCCGUUCUAUCGAUCCCUCCGGUGCUAAGCACGAGUUUGUCUCCUUCCACAACUCCUUCCACGGUCGUACAAUGGGAGCCCUGUCUGCUACCCCGAACCCCAAGUACCAGACUCCCUUCUCGCCUAUGCUCCCCGGAUUCAAGUACGGCAACUACAACGACGUUGAACAACUGCAGACCCUCAUUACUGAGAACACCUGCGGUGUGAUUGUCGAGCCAAUUCAGGGCGAGGGUGGUGUUAACGUCGCCAAGCCCGAGUUCCUUGCUGCUCUCCGCAAGCGCUGUGACGAGGUCGGCGCUGUGUUGAUCUUUGAUGAGAUUCAGUGCGGUCUGGCUCGUACCGGCAGCUUCUGGGCUCACGGCCACCCAUCUCUAGCCCCUGCCUCCGGCGAGGCUGCUCACCCGGAUAUCCUGACCACUGCGAAGGCCCUUGGUAAUGGUAUUCCCAUUGGCGCGACCAUUGUCUCUGGCAAGACCGUCGCAUCUCACAUUAAGACUGGUGACCACGGUACUACCUUCGGUGGAAACCCGCUGGCUUGCCGAGUUGCCUACCACAUCGUCGCACGUCUGGCUGACCCCGAGCUCCAGAGCGCCGUCUUGGAGAAAUCCAAGGUCUUCACCUCCGGCUUCCAGGCUCUGCAACAGAAGUACCCCGACGUUAUCUCGGAGGUUCGUGGCCGCGGUUUGAUCCUUGGUCUCCAGCUGUCUCCACUUUUCUCCUCCAAGGCCGCUGAUAUCAUCACUGCUGCCCGUGAGCGCGGCCUUUUGAUCAUCACAGCUGGUGAUGGCUGCAUCCGCUUCGUUCCUCCCUUGACCAUCACGGAAGAGCAGAUCCAGACUGGCUUGAACAUCCUAGAGCAGGCUCUGACUUCCGUGGCGUACCAAGCUUAG